AUGGACAAACCCUCCGAGAUGCACGUAUUAGAAUUUACUUUAUCAGUUCUCACAGUCGCUGGAGGUUGGCGGCCACAGUCGUGGACGUCGUUGAUAAAACACAUUAUGUACAAUGCCUACACAAUUUUAUUAAAUGUAGCAGUGUUCAUCUUCACUACAACCCAAUUCAUGCAUCUCAUAUUUAAUGCGGCCAACGCGGACGAAAUAACUGAGUCGAUGUAUGUGGUGCUGGUUGGAAUGAUCGGAAAUUUUAAGAUAAUCACGAUAAGUAUCAAUUACAAGAACUUCGCGAUUAUACUUGGGAAUCUAUCAGAGAAACCAUUUAAACCCAUGGAACAGAUCGAGACGAUGAUUCAAAUAAAAUUUGAGAAAAUGAUAAAUUUCCUAAAUAUCGCCUGCGACUGCUUCUUCUCCGGACUACUGCUGAACAUUUCCUGUCAGAUCGAGAUCCUAGAAUAUCGUUUGUCCAAGAUCGCAAAUGAUCACGCUAAGCUUCGCGAAUGUGUGUUUCAUCAUUACCGUAUAUUUGAAUUCGCCGAAAUGUUGAACGAUAAAUUAGUAAUUGUCAUCGGCAGCCAAUUCAUAGGAUCCUGUUUAGUGGUGUGUUGUCUGCUCUUUCGUUUAACAGUGGCAACUUCAAACUUCACAUAUAUUGAAACUAUUAUGUGCAUUGUUUGUGCAUUAAUGGCGAUCUUCUUUUAUUGUUGGUUCGGAAAUGAAGUCAGAUUGAGGAGUAUGGAAUUGUCGGAAAAUAUUUACAAAAUGGAAUGGCCGCAUUACAAUAACAACGUGAAAAAAUGUCUCUUGAUUAUUAUGAAUCGCGCGACAUCAUUACCUAUAAAAUUCACCAGUGCGCGCAUCAUUCCUCUGAAUCUCGACUCUUUCCUGAUGAGUCUGCAGUUAUCGGAUAAUAUCUACAACAUGGAAUGGACGAUGCUCAAUGACAGCGUGAAAAAAGGUCUCUUACUAAUCAUGAACCGUUCGACGAUACCUAUCGAAUUUACCGGCACUCACAUGCCGAUGAAUCUCGAAUCUUUCGUGGCGGUUCGUACGACUAUUCUAUUAUCAUCUGGCGUAAUUAAUUAA